AUGGAUCUAUCAUUAUUUUCAAUCGAGUAAAUAAACAAGUCUUCAAAUAACUCUUAAAUUAGGCUAUUCAUAGGUAAAACAUGUAUCAUUUCUACUGUCUAAGGUGCUUAAUCUACUAAUUCAUAAAAAGCUUGUGAAUAGGGAAUAGUUGAAGUAUCAAUUAAAAUGGAAUUCAGAGGUGAUUAAAAAAAAUAAAGAUAUAUGGAAAGCAUUUUAAGUGAAUCUUUAGAAAGUAACAUCAAACUUGAGGAAUAUCCUUCAAAAUAAAUAAAGAUUAUUUUACAAGUUAUUUGCAACGAAGGAAAUUUAUUUUCUGCUUUAUACAAUGCUGCUAUAGUAAGCUUACUCCAUAAUGGAUGUAAAAUGAGAACUACUACUUUUGCAUAUGAGUUCAUUCCUCUUAGUUAAAAUACAGUUAAAUUAUUCCCUACUAAAAAGGAACAUAGCUUAGAUGAUGACUUUGACUAAGCUUGUGUUGUGCUUGAUCUCAAUACAUAAGGGAUAGUUACAUUAGUAAAUUAAAAAGGAUAUAAAUUCAAUUAAAUAUAAGAUGGAAUCAAAUUAAUUAUAUCUUCGAUUUAAAAUACAAAAGAUCUCCUCAAAUCUUAUCUCUAUUAAUAAUACACUAAGAACUUAUGA